AAAUAUUACUGUAUUAUUUACCUGCGGAGCUUAAACUGGAAACCGCUAAAAUGAGCAAUCUUUGGCAAUAUAUUUUAAUGCUGAUAGUUUUAGUAUGUCAAAUUAAAGGAUACGAAAUGGAAGCCAAUUUUAGUCCGCAUGAUCUGGAUUCCCAAUCAAGUGUGCUCCCUGAACAUGAAUCUCGCAAUGAUGUUUUAUCGAAUGAUUCUUCAGAGGAUUCGGCCGAGGCCACAGAAUCAAGAAGCGGUAUCCUCGUAAGUACACGAAGACCAAUGCUCUGCUAUUAUAGUCCUGACAAGGGCCAGUGCAAUCUUAAAUAUCCAAGAUAUUACUAUGACUACACAGUCAACAGGUGCAGGGUGUUCCUAUACACUGGUUGCGGCGGAAAUACUAACAGGUUCUUAACCCGAACUCAAUGUAUCAAAGUUUGCAAACCUUACUAACAGUACGAGUAUUGUGAAUCACGACACCACGCAGAGAAUAUAUAAAGAGUUGCACAAUA